GAUUGAAUCUGUACAGUAGGGUGUAGAAAUGGACGUGGAGGGAAGGAUCCCCGAUCCAUGAUCAAUCUCAUUUUAUUUUCUUCCGAAACUGAUCUAUUUCCUGUCUCUCCCAAGUCCCGACUUCAUUGUCUCUUCUUAUCUCUGCCUGAAUUCCUGAAUCCAUCAGAUUCCACCGAGUGCGUUACCGAAUUCUGCUGCAGUGAACCAAACCUUGUGUUUUCUAGGUUUUCAAACUGCAAUGGACCAUGCCGAAUUAACCACCGAUCAGGUUCUGAGGAGGGACAUUCCAUGGGAGACGUACAUGUCUACCAAGCUCAUCUCUGGCACAAGCCUUCAGCUCUUAAGGCGUUAUGAUCACCGAUCAGAGAGUCACAGAGCACAGUUGCUCGAUGAUGAUGGUCCGGCUUAUGUUCGCGUGUUUGUUCAUGUCUUGCGUGAUAUUUUCAAAGAAGAUACUGUAGAAUAUGUUUUGGCUCUAAUUGAUGAGAUGCUGGCUGCGAACCCGAAAAGAGCAAGAUUGUUUCAUGAUAGCUCCCUUUCAGAUGAAGAUACCUAUGAGCCUUUCUUAAGGUUGCUUUGGAAAGGAAACUGGUUCAUACAAGAGAAAAGUUGUAAGAUCCUUGCUUUGAUAGUUAGUGCCAGGCCUAAAAAUCAGAAUGGUGUUGUUUCAAAUGGAGAUACAUCAAAGAAACCCUUCACCACUAUUGAUGAUGUUUUGAGAGCAUUGGUAAAAUGGCUUUGUGAACAGCUCAAGAAGCCAUCUCAUCCCAAUCGUGGAGUCCCAACUGCUGUCAAUUGCUUAGCAACUCUGCUUAAGGAACAUCUGGUUAGGUCUUCCUUUGUUCAAGCAGAUGGAGUGAAGUUGCUUGUGCCAUUGAUUUCACCAGCAUCCACCCAACAAUCUAUUCAGAUUCUGUAUGAAGCAUGUCUCUGCAUAUGGCUGCUAUCCUAUUAUGAUCCGGCAAUUGAAUAUUUGGCUACUUCGAGGGCCCUUCCACGACUUAUUGAUGUUGUUAAGACUUCUACAAAAGAGAAGGUUGUUAGAGUAGUGGUCUUGACUCUUAGAAACUUGCUGUCAAAAGGGAGUUUGGGUGCUCAGAUGGUUGACUUUCAGCUGCCACAAGUUGUUCAGAGUUUAAAAGCUCAAGCUUGGAGUGAUGAGGACCUGCUGGAGGCAUUGAAUUCUCUUGAAGAAGGGCUAAAAGAUAACAUUAAGAAACUUAGUUCUUUUGAUAAGUACAAGCAAGAAGUCCUGCUUGGUCAUCUGGAUUGGUCCCCGAUGCACAAAGAUCCAUUGUUUUGGCGAGAAAAUAUUAAUCACUUUGAAGAAAAUGACUUCCAGAUUCUAAGGGUCCUAGUUACAAUUCUUGAUACGUCCAGUGAUCCAAGAACUAUGGCUGUUGCUUGCUUUGACAUUUCACAGUUCAUCCAGCACCAUCCUUCUGGCCGGAUCAUUGUGGCGGACCUUAAAGCCAAGGAACGAGUAAUGAAACUAAUGAAUCAUGAGAAUACCGAGGUUACUAAAAAUGCACUGCUCUGCAUCCAACGGCUUUUCUUAGGGGCAAAGUAUGCAAGCUUUUUGCAAGCCUAGUUCUGUGCUUCUGUUGCUUAUCCAUGGUGGCCUAGUAUAUAUGGCACAUUCCAUCCUCUUAGAAGUUGUCACAAGUUGGGAUCGGCUGUCUUGUGCACAGGAUCAUUGUUUGUUUUAGUGAGUAAUUUAUUGUCUAUGGCCAUUAAGAUUUCGAUUUCAAGCAGUGCAAGAAAUUUGAUGUGAGAAAUAAGUUUCCUUGAUAUUCUGCUAUUUGAAUAAUAAAUCAAGUUUUGUAACUAAAUACUCAAGGUUGUGCGUGUAGGUAUGUUGAGUAUCUAAAACUAGGAGUUAAUAAUAUGGAUAUGUAAUUUUUUAGGAAAACCAACCUAUUUGAUUUAAAUGAGCACAUCUUUUUCUCA